AUGCAGACUAUAAGCAAAGGAAGCCAUCCCGGAAAAUCUUCUGUUACAUUCUUACCAAUGAUUGACAUGGAUCCAACAAACAUGAGCUGUAUAUAUUCAACGCUUAAAUUUGUAGAAGCACAAUGUAAAAGACAACAUACCACGCCUAUUAUUACAUUCGACCAACCCUUGUGGUGGAAAGCGCAGCUUAUCGUAGAGAGUGAACCACCAGACAGUGAACUGCGCUCUAUAAUACUUCGUCUUGGAGGAUUCCACGCAGAAAUGAGUUUUCUUGGUUGCAUAGGCAGCAUUAUGUCUGGUUCUGGUAUUGAAGAACUUUCAGAGUGUGUGUAUGCUUCAAAUACGGUGGGACACAUGCUCAGCGGCAAAGCUGUUCAGAGGGCAUACAGAGGACAUUUACUAGUGGAAAAUGCUCUAAAUGCAAUUCUCACCGCCGAUGCCUUCAAUUUAAGUCUACCUAAGGCGUGUUUUGCCAAGAAUUAUGAAGAGGGAGAGCUUGUGAAAGAUCGAAGGCAAACAGUUCCAGUACUCGACAGCGUUGUAGUUGAGCGCGAUGUUCUUAAUGUUGCAGACAUAGAGCCAGUGAACCGCGGGGACCGAAGUCAAACAGUUCCAGUGCCCGACAGCGUUGUGGUUGAGCGCGAUGUUCUCAAUGUUGAAGACACAGAGCCAGGGAAACUCAGCGACCCAAGGCAAACAGUUCCAGUGCCCGACAUAGUUGUGGUUGAGCGCGAUGUUCGAUAUGUUGAAGACACAGAGGCAGUGAAACGCGGGGAACCAAGGCAAACAGUUCCAGUACCCGAAAAAGUUGUAAUGGAGAGUGAUGUUCUCAAUGUUGAAGAAACAGAGCCAGUGAAAGGCAAAGACCCAAGUCAAAACGUUCCAGCGCCCGGCAGUGUUGUAAUCCAAAGGGAAGUUCCCGAUCUAAUUCACAAGGCAGUCAAAUUGUAUGAAAGGUUAAUGGUUGGCGAUAUCGGAAUAGCCGAAAUCUAUUCAGACAGCCUGCUAGACACAGCCAAAGAAAGAGUGGAUAUAAAAAAGAAGGAACUAGCGAACCAUCCCACAGCACGUCUUUGGUUGCAAUAUAUGGACAUGGUGGCUCUUGUCCGUCAGUUUAUCGAAGCAAAACGUACGGGGAAUUGGGAACUGCACCGACAGUCUCUCAGAGACAUGCUUCCUUUUCAUGCUGCUGCCGGGCAUAAUCUAUACGCCAAAUCUGUAUACAUAUAUUUGCAACAGAUGCUUGAGCUUAACUCAAAACAUGCAGACGUCUUAGAACUCUUUAAAAAGGGUUUCCAUGUAAUUCGUCGGAGCGAUCGUUUUUGGGCAGGACUGUCUUCAGAUCUGGUCAUUGAACAAGUCCUUAUGAGGAGCGUAAAGUCAUCAGGUGGUUUGACGCACGGUCGUGGAAUGGCUGAGUCGCAACGCGCACAAUGGCUUUUGUCUAUGCCAGCAUGCGCUAGCAUUAGUUCCGCCAUGCAGGAAUUUACGAGCAGGUGCUAUGCGUCAAGUGGUCAGCACAAAGAAAUGACAAAAACAAGACAAGCGAGGGAUGAUGAAGAUAGUCGUGCUCUUCUCGGAUACUUAUAUUACAAGAGCGAAAUCCAUUUGAUUGUGAUCUAUCAAUGCGAAACAUUUCCACUGGCAUAA